CCCCGAGCCCGAAAUGCCACGCCUGCCACACCUGCCGCACCUGCCACACUUGCCACACGGCCACCUGCCGCGAUGGGCAAAUGGAGCAUGUGGCCCGGUCGGCAAUAGACACUCAGGAUCCGGGACUCUAGAGGCGGAGCACGGGCAGCAGGACUCGGGUCCUGGGGAAUGGCAAUACCCACACGAACCUACAGGACACAGCUCAUAUGAAUAUGAUUCGCAAGACGUAAAACUUCAUUCGAAUGGCAGGCACGACUUCAUUAGUGCCGACAGGACCUGGACCUUUCGCUUUGUUCAUCCUCGUUCCGUGUCCAGCUGCAUGCUGAUUUAUUCAUUAGUGAGCUGACUUCUUGCCCAGUCCCCAAUUGACGAAGGCCAGGCGACCCAAGCCGCCGUAUGAGCAAUCCGCAAGUGUUUUGCUUCAAUUAUUUAAACAAAACUCCAACUCGAACAGUGCAUAUGACAACUGGAACCUCUUUUCGCACUCACCUUUUUGUCCAUUUUGUUUAGACCUUGCCAGUUGCAUGCUGUGAGCGAAAUGCCAGGACGGAAGUCACCGGGAUGCAAAAUCCGGAAAUGUGGUUAACUGUAAAUGCUGGACGCGACACCAAGGGUGCAGGAAUUCCGGGGAAGAGGGCGAAGGGCAGAGGGGAGUCUGUUGCAGAACGGAAGUGUCGUUUGACUUGACGCUGGAUGCCGUCAGAUUCUCAUUCCAAUUCCCAUUGCCACCCGACGGGUGGUGAAAAAACCCCUAAACCUAAAACCUGGGAUUGCUUAGGGCCUCGUGGAGGUUGAAGCGGGGUGGCCUGUUUUUGCCGUCAGGCAGAAAGAGUGAGACCGAAUCGGGCUGAGCUGCUGGCAGGCUGCAAGUUUUCGCGCUUUCAGCCAAAACCGCCGCCACUUGCGGCCAACGCGGCGUAUACUUAACGCUUGCGAAGCUGCACGGGGGAUUUUUGUGUUUAUUUAAUUGCUGUUGAUGAACCCAAACAGCCAGGCUGACUGAGGUGACUGCCAGCAAUUAGCAUAGAAAUUACAGCAACUUUUUCACUCGCUUUCACUCGUUAUUAUUGCCCUCCAUUAUCCUUAAUUCAUGUAUUUGUAUAAAAAUCCUUUUUUAUUGCCGACUGAUAAUGAGGCACUGAUUGCAGGUAAUUAAGAUCAAGGACAUGCAAUGAUAAGUUUUUAAAACGGAGCUUUUAAAAUAAAUCUUUUAAGUAUUAACUUUAAAUACUUACAUAUAUAGUAUAACUAA